UAAAACAUUUUAAUUAUAUUACAUCGAACAUAAAAAAACAACUUAAAAACAAAAAGUUUUAUCGCAAAAAAUUAUUGCCUCUUAAACAUUGCAUUAAAUAUAGAAAUCAGUUUGAAGGGUGAAACCUUAAUAUUACAAAGAAUAUACAAAAGUUUUCAAGAAAAAUUGUUCAAAUAUGCAUUUUCAAAGUUUGGUUGUUUUUUUUAUGUCGAGUUUUGUCUUCAAGGCACGCACAAGAAUUGUUGGUACUAUUUUUCCUACAACUUUACCUAAUAAAUGUGAUGCUGAAGUUUGUCAAUCUGUCUCACACUGUCAUUCCGUGGUUACACUACCAGGUUCAUGUUGUCCUGUGUGUAGUUGCUUUGACUCAUCGCACCAUGAAAGCCACCAUGGAGAUCGAUUUAUCAUCGAUAAACCUCAUUCGUGCAGGCAAUGUGAAUGUCAAACGUUUCUUGGUGUGAAAUUCAGUACUUGUCAUCGAGUCGUGUGCAAGGAGCUUAGUUGUAGAGAGACAUAUAAACCACCAGGAGAAUGUUGUCGAGUCUGUAAAAUUGUUCGUCAUUUUCCAGUAUUUCCAGAAAUACCUGACAAAUGGAAGCAUUUAGGAUUAAAUGUAACGAAUAAAGUAUCUUUUUAAAUAUUGUGAAUAAAAGAAAUUGUAAAAACGUAAA